GUACGACGGGAUUCAGUUGAAUUCCGGACGUCGUAGUGACGGGAUCGUGUGCAUAUUUCGUUCUACGUGGAACGCACGAACUUUGUGCUCGUAUACGUUCGGCGUAACACACUAUAGUUAGCUUAGUCCCCACACGCUGCUCGCUCGUAUAAUUUGAAAUGAGAGCUUGUCUGGCCCGUCUGGCCUUGUUGCUACAGUAGGAAAUUCUUUAAAAAACGUGCAUAUUUUUUUUUUUUGUUUUUGCUCGUGUUUUGUGAUUAUUUAUUUUUACUUUAUUUAUUUGGAUUACAGUGAUUUAUUAUUUUUUCUUCUUCGGUGUGGUUGUGAACAUGGAUGGUUGUUCCGGUGCCGAGCACUUUCUUUUAUAAACACCUCGAGGACGUCCUAAUUUAUUAAGAACUUUACCUGUUUCUCCCCCUGCCCCCCCGUGUAAGCGCCCCAAAGCGCAUUAUUCCAGUCAAGCUGGCAGCAAGCGCCCUCGCCUCGAUGAAUCCGCACUACCAUCCGUAUGGGGGGCCAGGGGAGCUCACCUCGCCCCAUCCCCCAUCACCUGACAACAAUAACUACCAUGGGGGGCCCGGAGGACCCCACGGAGGCAUGCAUCCUUCCAAUGGACAUUCUAUUGGAUCUAUUGGUCUGCAGAACGGUCCGAGCCACCCUCACCAUCAACAUCCCGCGUACAGUAACAGCGGCACGCCCACCCCCGACGGCGGCCACCCUCACCAAGUCCACCAUCAGAACCCCGGCAGCAUAUCGAACAACAACAACAAUAACAACAACAACAACAACAACAAUACAGUGAAAAUAUGCGCGGGUUGCGGCGGUAAAAUUGUGGAACGAUAUUUGUUGCACGCGCUGGACCGAUAUUGGCACAACGGCUGUUUAAAGUGUUCGUGUUGUGGCGCCAUGUUGGCCGAUAUCGGCACCUCGUGUUUUACCAAAGGCGGCAUGAUCCUGUGCAAACAGGAUUAUAUGAGGUCCCGCAGGUUGUUCGGGAGUUCGGGAGCGUGUUCGGCCUGCGGCCAGAGCAUCCCGGCCAGCGAGUUCGUCAUGCGCAGCGGGGGCGGCAGCAAUCCCUCCGCCCCCGGGGCUCCGCUACACAUUUUCCACAUCAAGUGUUUUAUGUGUAGCAAGUGUUUGGCACCCCUGGUGCCCGGCGAUAGGUAUUACAUGUUAGCGGGUAGUUUGGUGUGCGAACAAGACUGGCAUAAAUUGCUCAAAAGUUCAGCGGCGGCGCCUACGGUACGAAAAGGAAAAGUGGGACGACCGCGCAGAAGUAGAGACUGAAUAAUGGAAAAUCAAAUUGACGCAGUUCUGACGUACACAGUCCAACCAGGAGCCGACUACCACAUGGACGUGCAAUAAAUACAACAAGAAAUUGCGAACAAGCCCGAACCAUUUUCAUCUUCCGUCAUAUCAAAAUGAUCGUGCUGAUGAUGAACAUAUGACCUAAGCAAUUUAAGCGACCCCUCUUUUUCUAUUUUGUAUUUUUGAUCCUCCCAUCACCGCUAUCAUUAUCAGAGGAAUAUUACUCAAAAUGAUCGCUUUUAUGCUUAAAUUAAUGACAAUCUAGGUGAUCAUCUUGACCCCGAAUAUUCUCUCGGAUCUCGUUUAGAAUUAAAUAACCCAGUUUUUGUCAAUUUGUUAACGAAUUCAUUGUACAUAUUUGUCGGUGAUUCUUGUAUAAAAGAAAAAAAAUAGUGAUUGUUUGAGGGAGCGAACUGUAUAGUGACCAAUAAGCGGAUCUUUAACAAUCGCGAUCAUUUUUUUUUAUUUGGUAUGUUGUUGUUAUUUUUGUAAAUAAUAAAGUAUUGUUAAUUCUGA